GUUGACCGUCGCCUUUUCCGGUUGUUGGCUUCUUUCAUCAAGUUGAGUUGUCCUUUUUGUCCCUCGUCAAUUGCUAAAACCUCCAUUCAUUCUUUCUUUCUUUCUUACUGUUCUUCUGUACUCAAACUGACUUUGCCAUCGUUGUCGUCGUGUACUCGUCGUCAACUAUUGCACCCACUGAAGUUGAUGCAUUGCCGUUAGUAUCCUUCAAUCUGUAUCGCCUGCGAUUUGCCCCUCGACCUAUCGUAUACUUGGAAUCGAACAAACUUAUUCAAGAUGCACCUCAAUCUUGCUGGUCUGGCAGUGGCCGCUACGGCCUUCCUUGCAACUGCCAGCGCCCUUUCGCCGCAAGAUAUCCCUGCCGAUCUCCCUGUUUCGAACCUGUUGACAAAAGCGCAGACGCAUCUGUCCCGUGGCGAGACCAACGAAGCCCUCGUCUACUACGAUGCUGCCAUCGCCCGCGACCCGACGAACUAUCUUUCCCUCUUUAAGCGGGCUACCGCAUAUCUCUCACUCGGUCGAACCUCCCAGGCAACUGAAGAUUUCAACAAAGUCCUGUCCCUCAAGCCUGGCUUUGAGGGAGCCCAUCUUCAACUCGCCAGGCUUCGUGCCAAGGCUGGAGAUUGGGAUGCCGCAAAGGCACAGUACGGUCUUGCUGGGAAGGCUCCCAAGUCGGCUGAGUUUGUCGAGUUGGAAGAGGCCAAGCUCGCAGCUCACCUAGCUGACAUGGCUAGCAAGGGCGGGAAGUGGGAAGAGUGUGUCAGUCACGCCGGUACUGCCAUCGUUGUCGCGAGCCGAUCUCCUCAUCUGCGUGAACUCCGAGCGCACUGUCGCUUCGAGCUCGGCGAUGUUGAACUCGCUCUCAGCGAUUUGCAACAUGUCCUUCACAUGAAGCCCGGUGACACUUCUCCCCAUAUCGUUAUCUCGGCGACUUCGUUCUACGCUUUGGGUGACCUGGAGAAUGGCAUCGGACAAGUCAAGAAGUGUCUUCAGUCAGAUCCUGAUUCCAAGAUCUGCAAGAAGUUGCACAAGCAGGAGAAGAAGGUUGAGAAAGCAUACAAGAAGAUCCAGGGACAACUCAGCCGAGGACAGCCUACCACGGCGGGCAGAGCAUUGGCCGGUACUGCCGAUGAUUCUGGCUUGGUACCUGAUGUCCGAAAACAGGUGGAGGAGCUUAAGAAGAACAAGAGCAUUCCCAAGACCGCUCGUAUCCAACUAUUGGAGAAUUUGAUUGAGAUGACUUGUCAAGCAUACACCGAGUCAAGCCACAAAGAAGCCGCCAAGUACUGUGACGAGUCACUGCAACUCAACCCUGACUCUUUCUGGGGCCUUCUUCACAAGGGUAAGGCUCAACUCAAGAGUGAGCUUUACGACGCCGCCAUUGCUACCCUUGAGAAGGCCGCCGAGAUCCGUCCCGAUCAGAAGGAGAAGGUCAACCCAAUCCUCAACAAGGCUCACAUUGCCCUCAAGCGCAGCAAGACCAAGGACUACUACAAGGUGCUUGGUGUCGAGAACGACGCCGACGAACGCCAAAUUAAGUCCGCCUACCGCAAGCAAUCAAAGAUCUUCCACCCUGAUAAGGCCGCCAAACAAGGUAUCCCUAAGGAAGAGGCCGAGAAGAAGAUGGCCAGCAUCAACGAGGCAUAUGAAGUUCUGAGCGACCCCGAGUUGCGUGCCCGUUUCGACCGUGGCGAUGAUCCCAACUCUCAAGAGAGACCAAACCCCUUCCAGGGACAGGGCAACCCCUUCGGUGGUGGUCAUCCAUUCAUGUUCCAGCAAGGCGGCGGCGGCGGUGGUCCCAACAUCAAGUUCCAGUUUGGUGGCCAACCAUUUGGAUUCUAGAAAGCACACGACAAAUUCUGAAGUUUUGCAAAAAAGAUACUACUGAGGAGUUAAAUAGCGAAGGGGUCAACUACAGAGGCAAUUUUGCUUGAUCGGGAGGGAGUCUUUGCUGGUAUCUACAUCUUUACUAGAGAUCAAGAAGGGCGGGGCUCUCUCCAACAGGAGUAUUGGGGUUAAUGGCGUCGGAGUUUCCGUAGAUCGCUCACUUACGUCAAGAACAGUACAUAGCGAGAUCGUAUACCUUGAGAAUUCUUACUUUAUACCGCAAAUAUCUAAGUCAAAUCAAUAUGUCAAUCUAUUUGCCUAAUUUUCA